UGCCUUGUAACCAAAACACACAAAAUCAUAAGUUCAGCUCAGCGAAAACCUAUCACUUGCUUUCAAGAUUAGCAACGAAGAAAAUGGCAGCUAUGCUUAAAUUGGCAUGUGUUACCCUAGCUUGCAUGAUUGUUAUUGCACCUUAUGCAGCUGAAGGUGCAAUUUCAUGUGGUACUGUGGUUCGCAAGGUGUCACCAUGCAUCGGCUACCUGAAAGGGGCUGCUCUUCCUCCUAGCUGUUGUGCAGGACUCAAGUCUCUCAUUGGUGCUGCUCAUACCACUCCCGAUCGUCAAGCUGCUUGCAAUUGCUUGAAAAGCGCCUCCCGUGGUAUCUCUGGAAUUAACUAUGGGAAUGCUGCCUCACUUCCUGGCAAAUGUGGUGUUAGCAUCCCUUACAAAUUCAGCCCCUCCACUGACUGCACCAAGGUACACUAAUUUUAUACCAAUCGAUGAGGAGAUUAAUGUAGGAUUGGCAAAAUGAAUACUGAUAUGAUAGAUGAAUAAUAAGAUGGAUGUUGUAUCGAGUGAAGGAGUUUCCAUGCUCUUUUAAGAAAAGCUUUGUUAGCUUUCAUCAACUCCUAGCUAGUAAAUAAAUGUAUUGUUGUGAAUUGUGAUGUUGUGGUUGUCGUUGUGUUUUGAGUUCAAUAUCAAGUCAUUUCUCUCUAGUUGUUAAA